CCGGGAAGGGACUGGCGCUAUCUUUUGCCUGGCUUCAGAGACGCCGCGAGAAUGGCUCCUUGCGAAUCCUAGGGUUUCUCACCCAAACUCUAUUUUCAUGCAUCUCUCCAUCCCGAUUUCGUCUUCCCGACCUCCGAUGCGGACGUUAAUCCCCACAGUCCUAUCUCUACAACCUCCGGCGGGGCUAUGCUCUGUUCCCAGAUUCACCAGCUGCACCAGCGCUUCCAUUUUCAGAGAAUUCCAUCAAAGAAGAAGGAUUAUCUAUUGUUUCCCCAGUGUACCACAGCCUUUGCCGUAUCUAACGAACAAGUGCGCUGCCCAUCCGUGCGCCAAUGGCGCACUGCGAGUUCGAGCCUCUUCGGAGUUCACUGGUGAUAGGGAGAGUGCUGUGGAGCGGAUGAUUGGAGUUCUUAAUGUUUCUGUGAGGAUAGGACUUGGUUUUGUUCUUGUUGGGAUUGCAUGCGUGCUACUGGUGGCGAGAUGUCAAAGGGUUCUCGCGGCUGAGAGCGUCGCGGACGUUGGUUUGAGAGUGUUUGGAUCCGGGAGCACUACAUUUUCUGGGGCCUGGCCGAAAGUUGUACAAUUACUUCAUGUUUUCAGAGACCAAGGUUUGAUUUUGGCGGCGCUGCUUGGCCUGUCCGCGUUCUUCUCAAUGGCAGAGACUUCGAUCACAACAUUGUGGCCCUGGAAGGUCCGUGAAUUGGCAGAAAAGGAGCCUGAAAAUGGUGUCUUUAGAAUGCUUCGUAGUGAUGUCACUCGAUUUUUGACAACCAUUCUGAUUGGCACAACUGUGGUCAAUAUUGGUGCAACAGCACUUGUGACAGAGGCCGCAACUGCAAUUUUUGGUGAAGCUGGAGUUAGUGCUGCAACUGGAGUUAUGACUGUUGCUAUCUUGUUACUCACAGAAAUAACUCCUAAAAGUGUGGCUGUUCACAAUGCUACAGAUGUUGCCAGGUUUGUUGUUAGGCCGGUUGCAUGGCUUUCCUUAGUGCUGUAUCCAGUUGGAAGAGUUGUUACUUUUUUAUCGAUGGGUAUGCUGAAAGUGCUAGGUCUGAAAGGUAGAAGUGAGCCAUAUGUCACAGAAGAUGAACUGAAGUUGAUGCUGCGAGGUGCUGAGAUGAGUGGUGCAAUAGAAGAGGAGGAACAGGACAUGAUUGAAAACGUGCUAGAGAUAAAGGACACUCAUGUCAGAGAAGUGAUGACACCCCUUGUUGAUGUAGUUGCAAUAGAUGGCAGUGCAAAACUUAUUGAUUUCCAAAAGUUAUGGGAGACUCAUCAAUACUCAAGGGUGCCUGUAUUUGAAGAACGGAUUGACAAUAUUGUUGGAAUUGCAUAUGCAAUGGACAUGCUAGAAUAUGUUGAAAAGGUUGAGAAGCUAAAAGAAUCAACAGUAAGAGACAUUGCACACAUGCCUACCUACUUUGUGCCAGAUUCAAUGUCUGUGUGGAAUUUGCUCAGGGAGUUUCGAAUUAGGAAGGUUCACAUGGCAGUGGUUCUAAAUGAGUAUGGUGGAACUGUUGGUAUUGUAACUUUGGAGGACGUUGUAGAAGAAAUUGUUGGUGAAAUAUUUGAUGAGAAUGAUUCCAAGGAGGAGAUUCAGAAGAAAACUGGAUAUAUUGUGCUGCAAGAGGAUGGAACCUUUGAUGUUGAUGCUAAUACAUCAAUUGACCAACUUUCUGAAGAAUUGAAUGUCAAAAUACCAGAGGGUCACCAGUAUGAGACAGUAUCAGGUUUCAUUUGCCAGUCAUUUGGGUAUAUACCAGAAGAAGGUGCAAAGCUGGUGGUGGUUUUAGAGAAAGAUGAUCAGGAAGAUAAUGGUGAAUACUCUCGCACAGAAUCUGAUCACCUAGAUGACAAGGAAACACAUCAAACUUUUGAGAUUGAGGUUCUGGAAGCGAAUGAGAGAAAAGUGGGUAAAGUCCGAUUUAAGCCAAUUGAAAAUGAGCCUGUGGAACUGGAGGCCAAAGGUAUCAGCCGUUUGUUCUCUACCAAAGUUGUGAAAAGGAAGAAGAAGCUGGACAAGGACGACGAGAAUAAUGAAAGAAAUGGGGAUGAGAUCACAUCCCCGGAGGAUCUAGACAGUAUCUAUUUACGUGAAGUGCAAAUUCAGAAAAGAUUCGACGAUACCAACUACUAUUCACCUGAUGAUGAUAAAGAAGAUGAUCAUGUUGGUAACUAUAAACAUUAAUCACAGUGCACCAUCCAUGCUCUCCUUUCUUCUUA